GGCCAGUAUCGUAAUUUAGCAUUCGAACCCUAGUUACAUCUUAUAAAAAAGAAGACUAGAUUGUUUUCCUGCCCCAGUCCCUCCCGCCUCCCGCAGCAAUGGCUUCAGAGAAGAAACUAUCGAACCCAAUGAGAGAGAUCAAGGUCCAGAAGUUGGUCCUCAACAUCUCUGUCGGGGAGAGUGGUGAUCGCCUCACCCGUGCCGCAAAGGUCCUUGAACAGCUUAGUGGUCAAACACCAGUGUUCUCGAAGGCUAGGUAUACUGUGAGAUCUUUUGGGAUCAGGCGUAACGAGAAGAUUGCUUGCUAUGUCACUGUGAGGGGAGACAAGGCUAUGCAGUUGCUGGAAAGUGGGUUGAAGGUGAAGGAGUAUGAGCUUUUGAGAAGGAACUUCAGUGAUACUGGUUGCUUCGGAUUCGGUAUUCAGGAGCACAUUGAUCUUGGCAUCAAGUACGACCCAUCUACAGGUAUUUAUGGCAUGGACUUCUAUGUUGUUUUGGAACGUCCUGGAUACCGUGUUGGCCGUCGUCGUAGGUGCAAGAGUCGUGUUGGAAUUCACCAGAGAGUUACAAAGGACGACGCAAUGAAGUGGUUCCAAGUCAAAUAUGAAGGAGUCAUACUUAACAAGUCCCAAAAUAUUUGAUCCUAGUUCUUUUCCCUUGGUUGAGUUAAAAGUUUUUACUAGUUACAUUUGGCAGGAUUGUGCAUCUGAAUUUAAAAUUUUGUUGAUGAGAUUUUUGAAUUGGUAGCGUCUGUUACACACUACUUGGUUUUCUUGCUCGCCAUUUAUGCUCACUGGAGUAGAUUGUGCAAA